AUGUCUGACUUUUCAUCGCCAGGGACCCAAUCAUGCCCUCCUCCAGAGCUUCCCCAGCUCGUCGCCGAACAGCAUAUGCCAAUUCCUCCCCAUGACAAGAACACCCAACGCUUGAUUGUGGUCCUCUCCAAUGCCAGUCUGGAAACCUACAAGGCUGUCUCCAGUGGACGUUCAGGAACCAAGGAUGAGAAGUUCUCUCUGUUGAACAGCGAUGAGCACAUCGGUAUCAUGCGCAAAAUGAACCGCGAUAUCAGUGAAGCCCGACCGGAUAUUACCCACCAGUGUCUGCUCACUCUUCUCGACUCCCCCGUGAACAAGGCCGGUCGGCUCCAAAUUUUCAUCCACACCGCCAAGGGCGUCUUGAUCGAAGUCAACCCUUCCGUCCGUAUCCCGAGAACAUUCAAGCGGUUCGCCGGUCUCAUGGUGCAACUGCUCCACCGACUCUCCAUCCGUUCGACCAACUCGCAAGAAAAGCUUCUCAAGGUUAUCAAGAACCCGAUCACCGACCAUCUUCCCCCGAACUGCCGCAAGGUGACCAUGAGUUUCGAGGCGCCCGUGGUCCGCACCAAGGACUAUCUAGAGACGCUGAACCCCAAUGAGAGUGUCGCCAUCUUCGUCGGUGCCAUGGCCAAGGGAAACGACGACUUUGCGGACUCUUUUAAGGAUGAAACCAUCAGUAUCAGUAAUUACAGUCUUAGUGCCAGUGUGGCCUGCAGCAAGUUCUGCCACGCUGCCGAAGAGGUCUGGGAUAUUCUCUGA